UUUUUUUUUUAUAGAAUAUUGUUCUGGUUGUUGUUGGGUUUGUAAGGAUGGCGGAAAAUUCAGUGCAAUCGCGGUAUGUGAAGCUAACGAAAGAUCAAGAAGUGCCAGUGGAGGAGAUUCGCCCUGGAGAGCUGAAUCAGCCCGUUCGUGUUCCCCAGUUGGAGGUUCAUAGAUGUAACGAGUGCGGGCAAACCUUGCCGGAAAGCUAUGAGCCACCAGCAGAUGAACCCUGGACGACUGGAAUCUUUGGCUGUGCUGAGGAUCCUGAGAGCUGUUGGACUGGAUUAUUCUGUCCCUGUGUAUUGUUUGGGCGUAAUGUUGAGAGACUGAGAGAAGAUAUACCCUGGACAAGACCUUGCACUUGCCAUGCUAUCUUUGUUGAGGGUGGUAUUGCACUGGCAGCGGCUACAGCUGUGUUGCAUGGCAUUGACCCAAGAACAUCAUUUCUAAUCGGAGAAGGGCUGUUGUUUACUUGGUGGAUGUGUGGAAUCUAUACUGGUAUUUUCCGGCAAUCACUGCAGAAGAAAUAUCAUCUCAAGAACUCUCCAUGUGACCCCUGCAUGGUCCAUUGCUGCAUGCAUUGGUGUGCCAUGUGUCAAGAGCAUCGAGAAAUGAAAGGUCGCCUGUCUGAUAAUGUUGUUAUGCCAAUGACUGUCGUGAAUCCACCUCCAGUGCAGGAAAUGAGCAUGACUGAGAAUCAUGGUUCCACAGCCGCUGAUACAGGUGCUCAACAAAAUGAACAUGCCAAUUUGGAGAUACAAGCUUUAUAGAUAGGGUAUUCUGUGAUGGAUAAGAUUAGAGGAAUUUUGUGAGAGAACAAUGUUUGCUGGCAAAUUAGCCAUUCCCUUCUUUCUUCUUUUUUCUAUCUGAAAAAUUAUGUCACCAAGAUACUUUGCUCGAUGCCUAGUUAUACCUCAAGAGCUUUUCUACUGUCAUUUUAGUUCUUUGUUGGACACAGAACUGGGGCAACUCUAUAAAAACUAUGGAUCUGUUAUUCAUGUAAAGAUUAAUAUCCAAUGCUUGUUGGUUCAACU